CGUGUUGGAGGUGGUGGGAGUCCAGGAGGUCAGGACAGGUCAGGAACGGUCAGGAGUGGUCAGGAGCGGUCAGGAGUGGUCUGUGGUACAGACUAGCCCGACUGCGGAGGUCACUGCGUGUUACCUGCUGACCUGACCUGACCUGUCACGCCGUGACCUGACCUGAUCCCCGGCGGUACAGACUCAACACGAGCGUAACUGGUGCCUUCUGUGGUCCCUGUACUAUGCCGAUAAACAGCGGCCCUUCUUACAAUCACGUGGUGGUGACCCCUCACGGUCACUCGGUGGGUGACGCGGGCAGCGGUCACGGCGGACCGGCCGACGUGGCGGACAGCUCGGCACCGGGCGGACACCUGACACCGACCCACUACCCGGCUAUGCCCCGCGGCAGCAUCGCCGGGUACACAGGUUUCAUCCCUGGCCAGCACCAGCAGGUGGGUCUCAACUACCACAGCGCCUCUGACGCCUACUUUACCGACCUGGAGCGGCAGGCGAGCACGAGGAACCAGGACCGCGCCGCCAGCCGCGUGCGCAGUGCCGGCGCCGGCGCACAGGGCAUCAACGUGAGGUCGGCCGAGGGGCCGGCGGCGACCCCGACCCCGCCCCCGCCCGCCGCACAGCCGGCCGCCGACCCCGCCGGCAUCGACAACAAGUACAGCCGCUACUCCAGCACACACAAGUCCGCCACUAAGGAGGCGAUUCCGAUCGCGGGAUAUGGCGGAUUCGUGCCGCUCGCCCGGACCACGCAGAUCGGCGUCGGCAAGCCGUUCCAGCAGUUCGCCAAUGAGGGAUUCUCGAGAAUGCACGAGGUGAAGGACCUCUACAAGAGCCCGCAGCAGCCGAGCACCGUGGUCGCGUAGUCGGCCCGCCCGCCGUGACCUGAGUGACCCAGGCCAGGUCACUGGGUGACCCCGAGUGAUCACGUGGUCAAAGGUCUGGCAGCAGUCGGUGGUGGAGUCUGGAGGGAGUUCGCGAGCUUUUCUUUUUAGGGCUGCGACCUCAGACGUCAGGUGCGCCUUUUUCAGGAAAGGUUUCAGCAUUUUGACGUCACAGAAAUAUAGUUCGGUUCACACCGCAAGUACCCGAGGUAACCUGCGAACUUCGGCAAUAAGGAGAAUCUAAGGAAUGAGAGGAGAGGAUACGUAUGCUCAACGUUUUCUUUGGAGCUCAGUUAAACUGUAGCCGGUAGCCUAUCACUUCUCGAAAAAUGCCUAUUUAUCAUUUCAAUUAUCAUUAUUUAAAUUCGAAAUGUGAUGCGAUGUUCUUUUGUGGCACUUAAGAAACUCUAUGUAGCAUACCUUUUCUAAACUGUUUCACUCUUGUCUGCGCAUUGUUGUCCAAUUAAGUAAAAUUCGACCGCCUGUUCUGCCAAGGCCUGAAACAGUCUUUGGCCAUGGAUGUCUUUGGCCAUAUCACCUACGGAGCUCAUGCUUCCAAUUACCUACCAAUCUGCUAUAUUCCUAAAAUUUUCAUAAUAUAUUCAUCAGAGCCGAUAUAACUCUGCUUUGACCUGGUGCCUCUAUUUCAUUUCAUCAGUCCUUUGGUUGGUGCAUAUAGCAUGUUGAUUAUCUGUUUACCUAUGUAAAUACAGAGUGCUCUAUUCUUGCUA